AAAAUGCAUGAUAUAGUGCAUGACUUUGUGCAGUUUCUUACCCAAAAAGAAUGCACUAUUAUAGAAGCAGUCAAGGGUUCUAAUCAAAGAGUGGAGCUACCGGGUGAUUAUAAGGUUCGUCACUUAACUUUAACAAGUUUACCCGAAGGUCCACUUUCAUUUCCUACUUCAUUUGACUCAAGUUUACAAGAGUGGUGCAAAAAUAUGCGAACCCUCACACUCCUUGACUCAAGCAUUACAACCAUAAGCCCCGGUUCAAUUAUGCAAAUGAAAUGCCUCAGGACAUUGAAUUUGAGUCGUAACAAGCUCAAUGAAGUUCCAAAAGAGAUUGGUGAAUUGAUUCAUUUGAGAUAUAUGGAUUUGUCUUGGAAUAGAGUUUUGAAAGAAUUACCGGAUGCUGUGUGUGAUUUAUACAAUCUACAAACUCUGGUCCUUGUUCAGUGCUGGAGUCUUGAGAAACUACCCAAGGCAAUGGGAAAGUUGAUUAACUUGAAGCAUCUAUAUGUUCUGGGUUGUCCUCUGAGGUACUUACCGAAAGGGAUUGGGAGUUUGAAAAGUCUGCAAGUACUUGACUGGUUUAAAGUAUGUGAGGGUGUGGGUGAUGAUGAAGCAUUGAAAUUAGUAGAUCUCGGAAUCAUGGACCAGCUUCAGGGGAGCCUUUCUAUAGGAAUUUUGGGGGAGAAUAAUUUUGGGGAAUUUUUGGAGAUUGAGAAAGCACAGUUGGGGAAUAAGGAGCACCUCUCUUAUUUCGGAGUAUUGUUCAGAAAUAGUGAUAUUUGGCAGAGAAAAGGUGAUUCAGAAAUAGUGAAAGCAUUGCAACCACAUCAAAAUUUGGAAUCUUUAUUCAUUUGGAAUUCCCAUGGCACCACCGAGUCUCUCUAUUGGAUCAAGUCUUUACGCAAUUUGAGAAGACUUUAUCUCCGGACUUGGCGAUUUUGUGAAGCUUUGCCUCCUCUUGGAAAAUUGCCAUCGCUUGAAAUUCUGGAGAUAUCGGGGAUGAAGAAAGUGAAAAAGUUGGGAGUUGAAUUUCUGGGAAUAGAAGAAGAAGAAGAACAAGUCUCAGGAAUUCUAUUCCCCAAAUUGAAACGUCUUUCGUUCAAAUCGAUGGAGAACUGGGAAGAGUGGGCCUUUGUUUCUGAAAUCACAAUAAUGCCACGCCUUUCUGAGUUGCGAAUUGAGUGGUGCCCAAAGCUAAAAGCACUGCCAGAGUUCCUCUACAAGAUAACAGAACUGCGUACUUUGGAGAUCAAGGGUUGUCCAAUUCUGGAACGAGAAUACGAAAAAGACGUGGGGAAGGAGUGGCACAACAUUUCUCACAUCCCAAACCUCACAAUCCAAUCUGGAAGGAACUGAACAGAUACACUUGAGGACCGCAUUGAAGCUUCUAGGACUAAGAAUGUCAUUGGAGUUGUCAAGCUGUUGAAGCUCUCUAGAUAGCAAAGGUCGUGGCUGAAUUAACUUGUGAAGUUGGAGUUCAUCCAAUCUGACGUGCUUAUGCAACAUGUUGGGAUAUGGACUAUUCUUCAGUCGCUUAAAUGUUUCAUAGGAGGAAGCUUUUUGUGAAAUGGACCUUAAUGCCGACUGGGAUUUGGUAAAUGGGAGUUGAAAGAUUUUGUAAUAAUAAACAUGGAGCCUGAUAAAUGGUGUAAACUCAGACUUGAAAGAUUUAUUGGAUGAUUCGCUGCCCAAAUACAAAUCUCCAUGGAACUGAACAGGUAUUCAUAUUGUUGGAUUUCAACUACUUUGCAAGUUUACAGUUUGGUGUUUGAAGCUUGGUAAGUGUAUUUUACUAAGGGAAGGAAUUUGAAGUUGCUGAAUCAAUUCAAGGUAAUGGUGGUUCCGAAGUUGGAGCUGCAUGAUUCUGUUGGAGUGGAGGGACUAUAACACUGUCGUACACCAUACGGGAAAUUUGGUAUCCAUUUGAAUGAUUGAAGUGCCCCUCACCUAAACUAGGCUGAAGCUUUUGUGGAAUGGACACUGACUGGGAUUUGACUAGUAAUUGGGGUUUGGAAGCUUUUUCUGCAAUCUGUCAUUUAACAAUAGGCAGCAGGGAGCUCGGUAAUUGGUGUUUCUGCAAAUGAACCGUUCAAAUGCUGCCACCUCAAUCGUUGAAGGCUACUUGAAGGUAAAAUAUAUGGUCCAGAUAUAAAGGAAUCUGUUGUGUUAAGCUACACCCGAACAUAGACUGGCACUUUGAUCGAACUACAAUGCCUAGAAUUGCAAACCGUUCAACCUCACCAUCGUUGAAGAGUAAAAGGAGAUUGCUUGUGGCUCAUAGUGACAUGUUGGAGUGGAAUGAUAAGCUUUUCAAGGGAUUACUAAUUUAAAUUAGGUAUAUAGCAGUGUAGGCAGCUAAACCUUUAUCCUAGUCUCUCUCAUCCAUAGUUUUCCAAGCAAAGGUCGUGACUGGAAUAACUAGUGAAGUAGGAGUUCAUCCAAUCUGAUGUGCUUAUGCAAUGUGUCAGUGGUAUGGAGGAUAGACUAUGUAUCAUGCGGAGUUUCACCAUGAAGGAAAUUUGGUACGCAUUUGACCGAUUGAAGUGGCCCUUAACUCAAUAUGUUUUCAUCAUCUUAAGCAAUCCAAUGUGUUUUACUAGGAUAUGGGGUUUGAAGAUGCAAAAUCAGUUGAAGUUAAACGGUGGUUCAGUAGCUGGAGCUACAGGAUUCUGUUGAGUGGAUAAGGGAUUUGAGGAUGCAAAAUCAAUUGAAAGUAAAAGGUGGUUCCAUAAUUGGAGUUGCAGGAUUAUGUUAUUAUGCAAAGGUGGCUACUGAAUGAACUUCUGAAGUCCGUGUUCAUGCAAGCUGAUUUUCUGAUGCAGCAUGUCGAUGUUGUUAUGGAUACUAGCUAUGUUGUGAAGUUUAUUUAUUCUGGUGAAGCAGCGACAGUUCCAUUGUUGCAUAAUUGGUCGUUUGUUGACCUAGCAAUUCAAUACGCUCUCGUUUUCCGGAUUUGAUUCAAGGAAAUUUCAUGUUGAGGUACAUUAUUCCUCCGGAUUCUAGUUCUUGUUUUCUAGAGAGUGAAGUUGAUAUGAGAAUGAUUUUUAGGAAUUUGGUUCGUUACAAUUCUGAUUUCGUUGAAGUGUUUGUGACUGAUUUGCCUUCUAUUAGUGAAAGCGUGGUGAGUAAUACAGUGUGUGAGGAUUCUAGUACCAUGCUUGAGGAGAAUGAUUAUUUGGGGUGUUAUAGGGCAGAGGCACCGAAGAGUUAUAUGACGAAAGGUUGGGAGAGUUAUAUUCAUUCUGAAGGCCAAAAGUUUGAGGGUGGGGUUGUUGAGUUUAGAGAUAAGCUGCGUAAGUAUGCCGUAGAAAUUGGUUUUUCAUAUGAGUUUGUUAGAAAUGACAAGGUUCGUGUUAUUGCUCAGUGUUCUAAGAAACAUUCUCAGGGCUGCAAUUGGCUUGUGAAGGCUUAUUUAUGCAGGGUUAAUGGUUUCUUUAUGAUUAAAAGGUUGGUUAAUGUUCACACUUGUCAUGGUGUGAUUCGUUUGCAGAAGAGUAAGAUGAUAGGAUCCAAGGUUGUCAAGUCUAUUGUGCUUGAUAAGAUUCGUGCGAAUCCAAACAAAAAGCCAAUUGAUAUAGCUGAUGAGAUCAAGAGUGAUUAUGGUUUGGAUGUUCCUUAUCGUACAGUUUGGUAUGGUACGGAGUUGGCAAAAACAGCCCUGCAUGGUGAUGAAGCUGAGUCUUAUUCUCAGCUACUUUGGUUCAGUGAGUCUGUUAUGAAGUCAAACCCCGACUCUAGGAUAGUGGUUGAGUUUCAUCGAGAAACACAAAGGUUUCAGCGUAUGUUUGUGACCUAUGGUGCAUGGAUGAAGGGUUUCCAAUUUUGUAGACCUAUUCUUUUCAUUGAUGCUACAUUCAUUACCAACAAGUACAAGGGGCAGAUUAUUGCUGCAUCUGCAAAGGAUGCCAAUCAAGCCUUGUAUCCAGUUGCUUAUGCUAUUGUCGAUUCUGAAAAUGAGAGUAAUUGGAGAUUUUUUCUUGAGGUUUUGGCUGAAGAGUUUGCAAAACACCCUAUGAGGAGGGUGACGUUCAUUUCUGAUCGUCAUGUUGGGCUUGUUAGUGCUUUCCCUAGUGUGUUUCCCAAUAAUCCACAUGGGUUUUGUUUUAGACAUCUGAUGGCUAACCUUUCUGACAAAUUUCCAGCUGGUUCUUACCUUAAGGAUCGGAUUCCUUAUUUGUUUAUGUGUUGUGCUUAUUCUCGCACACCGGAGAUGUAUGAGUUUAAUAUGGAAAUCUUGAGGAGUGAAGGUGGCGACAUAGUUGGUCAAUUUCUGGAGGAUCUUCCGAAGGAGAACUUGUGUAUGGCGUACUUUAACGGCGAAAGAUUUGGUGAAAUGACAAAUAACUUGGCUGAGUCUUUCAAUAAUUGGGUGUUGCCUUUGAAGAGUCUUCCUAUUCUUGAUAUUAAUGAUGGGAUUAGAGUGAAGUCCAUGGCUUCAAUUGCUGCUCGGAAGCAGGAUGCUCAAGAAUGGUUCUCUGAGUUGUGCCCGGUGAUUGAAAAGAAGCUGAAGGAGAAUUUGGAAGUCGGAAGGCAUUGGAGAGUGAGCAGGUCUGAUACCUAUGUGUAUGAAGUUCAUUGCCAGAAGUACAAUAGCAUGGUAAAUUUGGAAACUCACUUUUGUUCGUGUGGAGAAUGGCAGCUGUAUGGCUUCCCAUGUUCCCAUGCCCUUGUAGUGAUCCAACAACAUGGUUCUUCCCCGUAUUUGUAUGUCAAUGAGCUGUACAAGGUGGAGAAAUAUCGAGAAACGUAUUCUUUCCCAAUUAAUCCUCUUCCCUCUAUUUCGAAGCAAGUGCAUGAUUUUGGUAGAGAUGCGGUGAUAUUGCAGCCUCCUUUGACUAGAAGACCACAGGGAAGGCCUAGAAAGAAGAGGUUCAGAAAAAGGAGCGAGCAAACCAGGGUGAUCAAGUAUGGUAGGUGCGGAAAAUGUGAUGGUCACAACAGGAAGAGUUGUACAGCUCCGAUAUAGGUUCUAUUCUGCUUACAUGCCUUUAACAGUGACAUGGGAAGUGACAUAGCAAGUGACUCCAAUACAGUUUGAAGUUUUGUUUUGAUUUUUCAUUUUUUUCAAUAAAUGAUAAGAAUUGCUUACUCAUUGCAAAUUUUUUUUGACUAUGAGACAGUGUAUUUGCUUUCUUCUUUUAUAAAUUCUUCAGUAUUCUGUGUCCUACAGUUUUUUAAUAGUUACAUGUACAGUGACAUAACCAUUUUCUUUAGAUUUAGAUUGACUUGUCCAUUGACAUU